UUAGAGUUAAGCUUAGUCCGCCAUGUUGUUCUUGUGGAGAAGAUCUGGUUUGCGCCUUUACUGCUGUUAUUUCCGAUUGAUGCUUGUUGUCUCAAUUUCUCUUCUAAUCGGCGUUUUUGUUUUCAAUAUCCUUCUCGUAAAUCAACGUCCAAGAUUUGUGGAAAAAGAUGAAAAAGGUGUGAUCCCAGAAAAUUUAGACGAAACUCUAAAGUUCUUCGAAGACAAAAGUGAAAAAAUUCCAGUCUUCGCGCAACCGAAGAAGAAGAAGCGACAAAAUCUGAUAAUUGUGGCCCAUGGUCGAUCGGGAUCCACGUUUCUGGGAAACAUUUUCAACAAUCACCCAUCAGUAUUUUAUCUAUUUGAGCCUUACCAAACAGUUGAAAGAUUGGUUCCUUUCCAGCCAAGAAACAGUCAAGAUUAUCGUGACACAGCCUUUGGCUGGAUGAAAGGCAUUUUUCGUUGCGAUUUUGUGUCCUCAACGCACGUAGACGAUCUUCAGUCAUACUAUCGCAAGGAAUAUCCCGCAAACUAUAACCCUUUCAAAAGCCUGACACUUCUUUCACCGCCAUUUUGUAUUUACAACACGACAGAUCGUCGAUGGAGUUUAGAAAGCUGUCCACCGCUGGACCGAGAUACUAUGGAUGACUCUUGUAAGACACAAUAUAGUAUGACUGUGUUGAAAGUUUUGAUCUCGCGAAUGCCUGAUACAAAUCUAAAACAAUUGCUGACAAUUUGUGACACGGAUCAAUUUGACUGUAAGUUCAUCUUCCUGGUUCGAGAUCCGCGGGGAAUCAUUCCUUCCUCGAAAGCUGUCGGGUUUUAUGGGGAUAAUGACCAAGUUCUAUUGAACGGAACACAGAGGUUUAGCCAGGAGAUUUGUGAUGCCACGUACAAAAAUUUGAACAUUAUUCGAUAUUUGGGGUCACAAAUGAAAAAGCGAUUUAUGUUGUUGCGAUACGAAGAUUUGGCAGUGAACCCUAUGGAAAUGCUACCAAAACUGCUAGACUUUGCAGGGCUUCCAGAAGAUGAGAGCUUAACAAGAUGGCUUUACCUUGCGUCCCACUCGCCUGAAACGGAAAACGAACAGACUGCAGCAAGAUGGCGGCAAGAUUCCAAACAGGGCGCCGAAAGAUGGCGUUGGAAAGUAAAAUCCUCAAUUAUCUCUGUUAUCGAGCAUUACUGCAAGGACGUGAUGGAGACUCUUGGAUAUAUACCUGUAAAUGGCUCUUACCAGAUCCAAAAAAAUCUUACAAUCAGCCUACUUGAAGAAUAUUAUGACGCGUUACAGUGGUUUCAAUAGAAGCAUUACGUGCAACCUCAUACGACUCUUACGAAUGAAGGGUUUACGAUAACUAUUUAAGUCUCAGGUUUGAAAAGCAAAAAAAAUUCUUGGAUAUUUUCAUCAUUAAUUAGGCAGACUUGUCUUUAGAGCUGAGAAUUGACGUUUGCUUGAUAUUGUUUUCAUCUGUAUGAUUUUGUUGAAUUUCAGUUUAUACGGCCAUAUUAAGAACAUGUUUCGCAUCACCGAGGCUAUUUCCAGAUUCUAGCCAAUGUAUUGUCUAAGUCAUCGAACUCUUUUCAUUACCUGUAAAAUCUAUA